AUGCCGUUUAUUUCUAAAGACUGGCGUUCACCUGGUGAGGAAUGGGUUAAAACUCAAGAGGGAUGGGAAAAGAAGAAAUCAUUAGAGUGUACAGCUCAGAGAUAUGCCGCUAUAACUAACUAUAAUAACACUGACGAUAGUCAACAGACAUCUUGGACCUCAGAAGGCGAAGAGAGUGAGAAGAACACAAAUGACUCGGUGAAUAGGAUACCUCCACAUUGUCAUAUUACGAUCAAGUGUACGAGAGAGAUUGCAGGGUUCAACGGUCUUUCAGAAGCAGUCCGGCGUUUAGACUUCUCCUCGGCAGUCCGUGAUGUCCGCAGGUUCAACUACAUCUGCGCGUUAUUAGAGCUGUUGGUAGGCGGUCAGAGAUUGACGCAUCUACCGGGUGCCGCACAGAAGCUGCUGUUGUCUAUGUUAGAGCAACUAGCUGAUCAAGUGGCAACUUCCAAACAGAACUUAAAUGCUCUCCGCGCCUUGGUGAUGUCUGUAUCGACUGCGCGCGAGUCAGAGCGCCGCUCUUGUUGGGGCCGUCCGCUCGGUUCUCGCGCACUUUGGGGACAUCACGACCAUGCUAUUGCCAGAAUUAAUAGAAUCGCCAACAGUAUUAGAAUACAAGAGCCGGGACCAGAGGUAGUGCCUAAACUUCACGACUUGCCUGAAGAGUGUAUCAGAGAAAUAUUGCUCAGAAUAUCGGAUCACAGGGAUUUAGAUGCUGCGUCUUCGGCGUGGACGACGAUGUCGGCGCUGUGCUCGGAGCAACGCAUCUGGCGCGAGCUCGUCUCGUUCCACUUCACGCAGCAGCAGGCUGACACCGCACUCGCCAAGCAGAAAGACGAUGACUCUCAAGACAAAGAAGUGGAUUUCAAAAAACUAUUCCAUCAGCUUAGGAAGAUGUAUGGUUUACGUGAAGACACUCAGUACGCGGAGACGUUGUCACUGUGUCGCCACUGCAAGUGCCUGUUCUGGCGCUCGCUCGGACACCCCUGUAUAGCUGACCAGUGUCCGGAAUACCGCGAGCGACUGAAAGAAGCAGGCGGUCCCCUUCCCCCGCAUCCCGUGCCACCUGCGGCCUUCCUGAAGUUCUUCUCUCUGUAA